AUGUUCUCACGUGUACAAUUUCGUAGAACAUUUAAAAAACCAGAAGAUCAAGAUACUGAUCCAUUUCUAUUAACCAAAAAUGUGACACUUCAGAGAAAUACAGAUAUUCGCACGUAUUAUAAUGUCGGUGUUUAUUUGGGCAGUGGAAAAUUUGGUGAAGUGAAACGAUGUCAAGAAAAAAAGACUGGAAGAGAAUUUGCAGCAAAAUUUGUUCCAAUCGCUAGUGAAGAAGAUAUGAAUAGUGUAUUAAAUGAAAUUGCUGUUAUGAAUACAUUAAGACAUCCAAGAUUAAUUCAAUUAUAUGAUGCAUAUCAAAUUGAUGAAGAAGUUACACUUGUUCUUGAAUUGAUCACAGGGGGUGAAUUGUUUGAACGAAUUAUUGAUGAAUCAUUUAAUCUAAAUGAAUCUAGAUGUAUAAAAUUUAUGCAUGAAAUUCUUCAAGGUGUUGAAUAUAUGCAUUCGCAAAAUGUGAUACAUCUUGAUUUAAAGCCUGAAAAUAUAUUAUGUUUAUCGGCGACCAGUUUUAAAACAAAAAUUAUUGAUUUUGGACUAGCUAGAUUUUAUCAAGAUCAAAAUUUGUGUGUUCUGUUUGGUACACCGGAAUUUGUCUCACCUGAAGUAAUCUCAUAUGAACCAGUCUCACCUGCAGCUGAUAUGUGGUCGCUUGGUGUAAUAUGUUAUGUAAUGCUUUCUGGAUUAUCCCCAUUUAUGGGUGAAAGUCAAGGAGAAACAUUAGCUAAUAUUAUACGAGUGAAAUACAAUUUCGAUUAUGCAGAAUUUGCAGAAAUUUCAAAUGAUGCAAUGGAUUUUAUUCGGAAACUUUUAGUGAAAGAUCCAAGAAAACGAAUGACAGCCACCGAAUGUCUACAACAUCAAUGGUUAAAGCAAAAGAAAAAGACACCAUCACGUUCUGGAACAGUCAGUAAAAAGCGUCUAAAACAUUUUGUUUAUCGACGUAAAUGGCAAAAAGCAGUAAAUGCGAUUAUAGCAUUACAACGUAUGGGUGUUGUACUACAACACUCACCAAUAUUGCAAUCAAGACAUCCGAGUCUAUCUAUACAUGGUAUAAAUAGAUCAUUUGAAAAUGAAACUAAACGACCUAAACUUCCGCAAGUCACUGGACAUAAAUUAUUAUCAAGUAGCCCAACACCACCCCCAACAGUCAGUAAAGAAAGUUCACCAAUGGAAUUAAUGAAGAAACCUUCAGGUAUAUUUAGAAAAACCAGUUUCUUUGGUAAAACACGAAAAGAUGACACCACUAGUAAUAGUACUAGUAAUGAUGGAACUAAAACAAAAAAUAAAGCUAAUGAAAACUUACCAGAUCCGUCAGCAUCGCAUAAAAAUAAAUUAGACCUAUCACUUAAAUUAAAACGUAAAGAAAGUGGUAAAGGUUUUGUUUUACAACGGCAUAAAAAUAGUCAACAGUCAACAUCAUCAGAUAGUCCAUCGAUUAUACCUAAAAUUAGUGUAACAAGUGAACCAAAUUCCAGAUCCUCAAGUAAAUCGGAAACAGUUGUAACUAUCCCUAAACAACAAAAGGACACUUCUACUUCGUCAACAUCUGUAUUUAAAAUUCAGAAAAAAAAUAGUGCAUCGAAAAUAAUACAAUCUAAUGUGAAACAAUCGAAUCCCUUCAUUGUAAAAGAUAAAAAAUCCUCCACAUCAACAUCACCACUGCCACCAAUUUCAACCUCUAAUCCUCCACUAACAAAAUCAAUAGAGAAUACACCCAAUGAAAAAGAGAAAUUAUCAACUGGUAAAACAAAAACAACAUUGAACACAACUGAUACUACUAACAAGAUUGUUAGUAGUAAUAGUAAAACAACAGACACAACAACUAUUAAUACACAUCACAACUUUCAUAAAGUUCCAACAAAAUCAAAAAUUGCUACAUCUAUUUCAAAAUCAGAUAUUGCUCUGAAAAUUAAUUUCUUUUCAAAUUUAUCUAAAGAAGGAAAAGUUAAGUGAUAAUUGUACAGUGAUUCUAUUCUCGAAUUUUGCAUGUUUUAUUUAUCUAUUUGUAAAUUAUCCUUCUUCUGGGUUUUAUGAAAUCUAUUGUUUUUUUUUUCAUUUCACCUCUCAUUUGCCGAUAUUUUGUAUGUAUGUAUGUAUGUGUGUGUAAGUAGGUAGGUAACAAGAGUUCAAAUUUGCUUAUUUCAAUAAAACAAUUAUUUCAUAUUUAAAUAAUAAAACCAUACAAAAUAGGUUUUGUUACAAAAAUAUGAUAUACUUAAUAAUAAACAAUAUUAAAUAAAAAACUUUCUACAUAUCAAUUUAAUCAUCCUAAAUUAUUGAUAUUU